CAACUGAUGUGAUUGUUGACUCGGAUUUCAAAGUCUGUGUGUUACCACGUCGAGCUAAUCUGCUCAGGAUUUUCAUCAUCAGCGUUGCUGCGAUAUGGCUCUGUGUUAGCAAUGUUAGCACGGUGAACGAUUGAUUGCACACAUACUCUGGCUUGCAUCUCAAGCAAUUUAAAAACAAAGGGAGUCACCAUUUUUUAUUCAAUACUUCUGGGGUUCUCAUAAGGCCGCACACUAACCAGAUGACAAGAAAUGGCAUUUUAAAUAAGGAUUAAAUACAGUAUUAGCAUAUUUCUGUUUUUUUUUUCAUUGAAGGAAUGUCGGCUACAAAACAAUAUCUAUAUUUUUAUGCUCCAAUGCAUAUUUAAAGAUCCAGUCUUGAACAUGACAAGAACCGCAAAUACUGUGAUGCAUCGCCCAGUCCUACAAUUAUUUUUUCUUUUUUGAUUUGGGGUGUUUUAUCGGAAAGAAACCUUCACCUAAUGACGACCUUAGGGACAAAAGUGGGCGGUACCUUCUCGAAAGGAGCCGUUUGUCUUGGACGACGCCUUCUUGGAUUGGCUUCACAGCGGCUCCACGAUGCGUCUGAUCGUCGGCUCCAGCUCCAUCGGAGGCCAGUUGGAGCUGGUCGUAUCCAGACGGGAGACUCUGGACGGGCUGAGGACGCGGCUCUCUCGUCAACUUAAUGUGCACACAGACAAAAUCAUCGUGCUGCACCAGGACAAGCAAUUGACUGCUGGCAAACUCGUGGAGCAGGGAGUAGAAGAUGGCAGCAGACUGACUUUACAGGUGCCUGGAGUAGUCAGAGCUGGUUUAUUUUUUUCCCGUGCCAGAGUUGAGAGGAUGGUGGAGGUUUUGGAGAGGUUAACGGAACGCGAGAUCAGCGAUUUCCUGUCCGGGCGUUCACCUUUGGCCAUUAAACUGGCACUGGGUGUCCACACAAUGCAUGUGCAGCUGCAGCUGUCUGCUCAGGAUGUGGCUAAGUUGAAGCUGGACAAAGCCCCGGGGGCUAUUAGCAACCCACCCCCACAGGUCAACAUAGGCCAAUCUGCUUUAAGCUGCUCCCCCAAUGACACAACCACCACGCCGCCAUUUUCUUCCCCCCCAGUCACAUACGCCGCCGGCUGCACGCAAUCUGGCCGAGCUGUUUCUUCUAUGGACUGCCACCGCCAAGCAACUGCCCAUCACUCCCGUCCACACGCCACUCUUUCAACGCCAUCAUUGCACUCCGCUUGUCCGCUUCCAGUCACCACACCGGUUUGUUUCAAUGACUCCAUGAUGGCACCUCAGAGUCCGUUACCUGCCCCCACCUUUAGAGAGUCUUUUCACUCAUCCUCUGCUGAGCUGACCAAGCAACCAGGUGCAGUCAUAGAAAGUUUUGAGAGUCACUCUCAAGGGGUUUUCUCUGGAACUUUCUCCGGCACCCUGGCGCCAUGCAGCAGUCGCAGUGGCGUUAGCCAUCGCUGCCGCGGCAUCGCCGUUAUUCUGCAGAUCCUCGAUGACCUCCUCAGAGCCGCCUCACAACACCAAGGGGCUCUGACAUCCCUUUGUCCCGCUUCGGACCCUACGGGCCAGGGACACUGCUGCGAACAAAGGGUCGAGCCCGUCAGUGAGGCCCUCGAGGCUUGCGGAUUCCACACAAAGUCAGAAGAGAAUCGGACGUUGCACUGCAAGCUAAAGCGCGUCCAAUCUCUGAUGGACCAGCAACGUCAUCACAGGCAAGCUCGCAGAAGUUCCCACUUUUCACAAUCAGCUCACCCGUUUCAGCGUCACCAUCGGCCCUGAUCUCCACAGGAGUGGACUUGAAGUUACGAUGGGCGUCAUCUCUUGUGCACAUGCUACUGUUUAUUGAAUUGUGAAGAAGAAAAAAAAACGCACACAAUUUGGGUCAUUUAAUACCAACGUAUCUUCCUUUGCUUAUCCAUAAUUUAAAAGAACACUUUGCAUUACACUUGUUGUCUGCAAUACAAUUAGUCUUUUU